GAGAGAGAGAGAGAGAGAGAAAGAGAGUGAGAAUUUGAUAUAUCUCUAAUUAAUCAAUUUAAAGAGGAUUCUAAAGACGGAUUGCAAAAAACGAAAGUUUGUUGAUCACAAAUUGUUAUUUGUUAUUUACGCAUUGUUGUUAUUCUUAACGCGAGAUCCGGUCUUCGUAAAUAUAUAAAUAUAUAUAUAUAUAUAUACUAUAUAUGUAUAUAAUAUAUACUUAUCUGAAACGUCCGAUGCUUCAAGUUUUAUCGAAAAUCCGAUCAAUGUUCUUUACCAUCACGAAAGAAUAAAAUAAAAAGACAGACAGAGAAAGAGAAAGAAAGAGAGAAAGAUAUAUAUAUAUAUAUACAUAUAUAUACAUAUAUAUAUAUAUAUAAGAAGAAGGAUAUAAAAGAAAAAUAAAAAACAACAAAACUAAAGAGAAGAUUAGAACGAUGGUCGUGAAAUCUGAAAGCACGAGGAACGGUCACGAGCUGGCUCCUCUAAACGAUGAUCGUCAACCUCCUCAUAACGUGACCAUUGUGGUUUCCGGAAAUCAAAAUGCAUCGGCUGUCAACGCGGAACCAAGAACGGAAGAUAACAGAGCGGCAUGGAGCGGGAAGAUGCAGUUUUUCCUGAGCAUCAUUGGUUACAGCGUCGGUCUUGGAAAUAUAUGGAGGUUCCCUUAUUUAUGCCAACAGAAUGGGGGCGGUGCCUUUCUUAUACCAUUUUUCGUGAUGCUCAUCCUCGAAGGCGUGCCCCUAUUUCUGAUCGAGUUGGGUCUUGGACAACGAAUGCGACAAGGUGCCCUUGGAGUUUGGAACACGAUACAUCCCUGGUUAGGCGGUAUAGGAAUAGCCUCCUGCAUCGUCACAUUCUUCGUUGCACUUUAUUACAACGUCAUUAUCACCUGGUGCUUCUUUUACCUCUUCAACUCUCUCGAGGCAGUCACAAUUAAAUUUGGCGCGCCACUGCCAUGGGCGAAGUGCCCGGAGGUCGACGAGAUACCGGUAGAAGAAUGUGUCAAGAGCUCUGAGACCGCUUACUUUUGGUACAGAACCACUCUGGAUGCGGCACCGUCGAUCGAGGAUGGCCAAUCUCUCAAGUGGUGGAUCGUUCUGUGCCUUCUACUCAGUUGGAUCGUUGUCUUCUUUAUCGUCAUGAAGGGGAUACAAUCAUCGGGCAAGGUAGUCUAUUUUACCUCGAUGUUCCCUUACCUCGUACUCACGAUCUUCUUCAUUCGUGGAAUAACUUUGAAAGGUGCUAGUGCUGGAUUGGCACACAUGUAUACGCCAAAGGUCGAGAAAUUAUUGGAGCCUACCGUCUGGCUUGACGCAGCUACACAAGUCUUCUAUAGCUUUGGAUUAGCUUUUGGUUCCUUGAUUGCAUUUGGAAGCUACAAUACGCCCGACAACAAUUGCGUCAGGGACGUGAUUCUGGUGAGCGUGUGCAACGCGUUUACCGCCAUUUACGCGAGCGUUGUCAUUUUCGCCAUUUUGGGGUUCAAGGCGAUGUCGAAUGUGGACAAGUGCCUGGAAAGCAAUAAGGCCUCGCUGAUCAAGCAUGGUCUUCUAUUUGCAAAUUCAACGACUGACGAUUACGAAAACGUUCUAAAUACGUUCAAUAUUUCGACUGCGAAUUUGACCUUGGAUAGAUGUAGUAUGAGCGAACAACUGAAUAACGCUGCCGAAGGUACUGGAUUGGCCUUUAUAAUCUUCACUCAAGCGAUCGUCGAGCUUCCAGGUGCACCAUUUUGGUCCUGUAUAUUCUUCCUAAUGCUUUUGGCCCUUGGACUUGGCUCACAAAUUGGUAUUAUGGAAGGAAUGUUGUGCGUAAUCUUUGACAUUGAUCUAUUCAAGAGAAUAAAGAAACAGUAUAUAACAGGCGUAGUAUGUAUCGUUUGUUUCUUCGUCGGCCUCAUCUUCUGUACCGGCGCAGGAGAAUACUGGUUGAAAAUGUUCGACAGUUUUGCUGGUACCAUUGGCCUCGUUAUGGUCGCACUUAUGGAAAUGAUAUCGGUCAUCUUUGUCUACGGCCACGAAAAAUUCACGAAAGACAUCGAAGAAAUGACAGGUUAUAGGCCUGGUAUUUAUUGGCAAGUUACAUGGAGAUUUCUCGCGCCUAUAAUCAUGGUUGGCAUACUGAUCUCCAGUAUUGCUUCUAUGUUUAUCAAGAAACCAGAAUAUUCAGCAUGGAAUGCAACGUUGGGUAUAGCAGUAUCUACAGCUUAUCCAGGCUGGGUCUUAGCUAUUGCAGCAUGUAUAAUUGUUGCCGGUAUUGCACCGAUACCAAUAGUUUUUCUACUUAGAGUAUUCCAAUGUGUAAAACUCGACGUGGACAUUCAUCAGGGUAGCAUUCGUCGGAUCGACACGACCGUAUCGACUAAGGAAAUGAUGGGUGACGUUGAUUUGGACGAGUAUCACGAUCGUUUAGAAGAUUUUCCCGAGGAGGACGAGGAUGUUAAUAGCGACGACGACAACAAUAGUGCACCGCCCAUAACAAAGAUCGUUCCAAAUAAGCUUCAGGGUAGAGCUUUCAAAAUGGAAGCAAUGGAAUUUUGAACGCGUCGCAUUUAGGAUGCGUUCCUUACGUUUUAUUACAAACAAAUGAAAUAGAGGAAGAAAAAACAACAAAAACAAAACAGAGAAAGGAAGGGGAAAGAAGGAAGAAAGAAAGAAAGAAAGAAAGAAAGAAA